AUGGUCUACGAUUGGGAGACACAUAAAGACACACUAAAGCGGCUAUAUGUGGACGAGAAGCGAUCCAUCGAAGACAUAAUCUCGUAUAUGCAGACGAGCCACAGCUUCGCACCCAGUAAGCGCGCAUAUCAGGCUCAGUUUCGACGCUGGGAAUUUCCCUCAAAGCACCAGCCUGCUCUCAAAAAUGACCGGCUUGUCGCUCGCAUCAAGGAGCUAUGGGAGCGCAAUCUCUCCCAGGCCGAGAUGCUGCACGUCCUGAAUGAAGAGGACGGAUACAACAUCAAGUCGCGCGAGCUGAAUCGCGUGCGCAGCAAGCACAGAUGGCUGCUCCGGGUUCCUACCGGUAAGACCAAGGAUGGUGCCGACCUCUCCCUGCAAGCCGGGACGAGCAAUGGUGAAGACGACGAAGAUGAUGAUGAGCUUCAGUUGGCGAUGCAAGAUCCAUCUUAUGGCCUCCCUGCUGUGCCUGACCUUGCGUCGCAACUUAGAGAGGAGCGUAAACGCAAAAUGCAGGCCGAAUCUGCCGAACGCUGGGCUACUAAGAAACGGCGGCGGCGCACGAGGCAGUAUGCUGGGAUGCCUGCUGAUCCACCCGGGCCCCCUCGAUUUCCGUCCGAGACGACGCUCGGUGAAGGUCAAGCCAUCCUUGGACUGGACAAGACGGCCUACAACGCUGUUAGGAACAAAUUUCAGUCCAUUUGUGAAGGUGCGGGGAUCGUAAAAAAGUCGAUAGCAGGCCAUGAGGCCUGGGAGUCUGCCAAAGAGACCCUGAUUGGCGAAUUUAAUGAACUACAGAACGCAUUCUGGGUCGACAAGGAAAACAUAGAUAAGAAGAAGCUCGCGUUGGAGGUUAUAUGCUCGGAUGUCACUAAACGCAUGCGUUCUGGAGGCGACAAGGAACUGUGGUUGGCAGAUGCGAAGAAUAUCCUUGGCUUGAACCCGGAGGAGUCGAGGAGAGUCCGGUCCGCAUUCUACAAGAUUUUGCAGUCGGACGGCUUUACAUCUAAGGUGGCUAUGGGGCCUGAGCGCUGGAAGGAGCUCAAGCAGAGGUGGAUUGAUGAGUCCGACAUGCUGCAGAAGAUUUUGAGCAGGCUUGAUGAUGCACAGAGCCACGACAUGAAGACAAGGGCCGUCGAAGCGCUGGCAAGAGAUGUCAUGAAGCGCUUGAGGGACGACCAACGCAGAGGCAAGGGUUCUAAGCAGAGCAGGGCCAGGUCUUCUGAAGGGCUCGCAGGGGUUGAAGAUUUCGAAGAUGGUGCUCCCGUCAUGGAUAACAUGGGCGAGGAUGCUUCUGGUUUCGGCACACAGAUGCUUGUUCCGCCCAGCGCUGGUGAUACUCAGCAAGGGCACGCUCACUCAAGUCGUCUAAUUCCUGAUCACCAACUCCUCGGUACUCAGAUGGGCAUGCAAGUACCCAUGGAUACCCACCUUGGAUCAUCGAUGCUCCUAGAUCCAAAUGCUCAGAACCCGUUUGUCGACCCAAAUCAACAAUUCCUCUCAGGACCGUCGUCAAUGGCAGCUCCGUCACCAUUCGAUCCCCCGCGACCAGCAGCAGCCCCGGUCAUGUUCCAAACAGCACCUGUCACGAACACUGGGACCAUACCGAUCUACAUCCGGCUGUUAAGCCCCGCAAAUAUCGACCCAAGAGGUGAGGUCUUUAUUGCUCUCUUGACCUCCCAGUCGUUGGAAGAGCUCAACCAGAUCGUCGAACAGAGAGUUCCAGGCUCGACAUGUGUCCGUGUAGAAGGUUUGAUCAAAAUGCCGGGUAUGGAAGGACAAUUGGUACCGCUGGAAAUUGAAAGCGAUGAGCACCUGGGCGCGUACCUUGCGCAGGCUCAGGCGCAGGCGCCGUCUUUCAACGUUAGGUUGGCAUUUUAG